AUGUUCGGGGCCCGGUGCCUGCUCCGAGCCCUGCGCUCCUGUUCCUCGGCUCCCUGCCCAAGGCACAAACCUUCAGCCAAACUGAGCGUGCGGGACGCUCUCGGGGCCCAGAACGCAAGUGGGGAGCGCGUUAACGUCCAGGGAUGGAUUCGUUCAGUCCGAUCCCAGAAGGAAGUCUUGUUCCUGCAUGUAAAUGAUGGGUCAUCUUUGGAAAGCCUUCAGGUUGUAGCAGAUUCAAGCUUUGUCAGUAGAGAACUGGCGUUUGGGAGUUCUGUGGAAGUUCAAGGGCAGCUGGUAAAAAGUUUGUCCAAAAGGCAAAAUGUGGAACUGAAGGCAGAAAAAAUUGAAGUUGUUGGAAAUUGUGAUGCCAGGGCUUUCCCUUUUAAAUAUAAAGAGAGGCAUCCUCUGGAGUAUCUGAGACAAUAUCCUCACCUUAGGUGUAGGACUAAUGUUCUGGGUUCUAUACUGAGGGUUCGCAGUGAAGCCACAGCUGCUAUCCAUUCUUUCUUUAAGGACCGUGGCUUUGUGCAUAUUCAUACUCCAGUAAUCACAUCCAAUGACUGUGAGGGGGCUGGAGAACUUUUUCAAGUUAAACCUUCAAGCAAAAUAAAGGUAUCUGAGGAGAAUUUCUUCAAUGUUCCUGUUUUCUUAACUGUCUCAGGACAACUUCAUCUAGAAGUGAUGUCAGGAGCUUUUACUCAAGUGUUUACCUUUGGUCCAACAUUCCGAGCAGAGAAUUCUCAGAGCCGGAGACACCUGGCAGAGUUUUAUAUGGUAGAAGCAGAGAUUUCUUUUCUUGAGAGCCUUCAAGAUCUCAUGCAGGUUAUGGAGGGCCUCUUCAAGACUACAACAAUGACAGUUCUCUCAAAUUGUCCUGAAGAUGUUGAACUCUGUCACAAAUUCAUAGCUCCUGGCCAAAAGGACAGAUUAGAACAUAUGCUAAAAAACAACUUUCUAAUCAUUUCUUAUACUGAGGCAGUGGAGAUCUUAAAGCAGGCAUCCCAGAACUUCACCUUCACUCCAAAGUGGGGUGCUGAUCUACACACUGAACAUGAAAAGUACCUGGUGAGGCACUGUGGCGACGUACCAGUCUUUGUCAUUAAUUAUCCAUUAGCACUCAAGCCCUUCUACAUGAGGGAUAAUGAAGACAGCCCUCAGCACACAGUUGCUGCUGUUGAUCUUCUAGUUCCUGGAGUUGGAGAACUCUUUGGGGGAAGCCUCAGAGAAGAACGGUACCAUUUCUUAGAGCAGCGAUUGGCCAGGUCAGGACUGACAGAAGCCUACCAAUGGUAUCUGGACCUCCGUCGAUUUGGAUCUGUGCCACAUGGAGGUUUUGGGAUGGGAUUUGAACGCUAUCUGCAGUGCAUCUUGGGAAUUGACAAUAUCAAAGAUGUUAUCCCUUUUCCAAGAUUUACUCAUUCGUGUCUUUUGUAGCUGAAAACUGCUUAAGGAAAACCACCCUGUGCCAGAGGUACUGCACAUGAAUAUACAUACAGGAGAAUGCAUGUUUGAACUGUAGAAAUGCAGAAGUUUUCAAUAUGUAAUUGUCAUGCCAGAAGAUACAUGAAAGAUACAUGUGAUCAUGAUUUUCAUUGAAAGUUGAAGGCAUUUCAUGGAAAGAUGAACUCCAUCAAGAAGAGGUACUUAUAGCAGAUAGAAUCUCAAAGCUAUUGUAUCAAUUAAGAAAAAAAUGAAGAAAUUGAACUAGAUGAUCUCAAAGGUCCUUUCAAACUCUAGGACAGGAUGAAAU